AUGAAUAGUAAUGAUGAUAUCGUUGUAUCGGAUGAACAUGAAGAUGAAGAAGAAGAAGAAGAAAUUGAUGAUAGACAAGUUGAAUCUGAAGUAGAACACAAUGAAGAAGAAGAAGAAGAUGAAAAUAAUGGAAGUGAGCAAGAAGAAUUAAAUCAACAAGAACAUCAUCAACUUGAUGAUGAUGAUGAAGAAGAUGAACAUCAUGCUGAAGCUAACGAAGAAGAAGAAGAAGAAGACGAAGAUAAUGAAGCACGAGAUACAGUUGAUCCAACAAAUCCAUUAGAUGAAGAUUCUGCUGAAGCAGCUCCAAAUUUGACACAAGAAGAUGUUUUUGGUGAAGAAUUAAGUGAUUUAAGUGAAGAUGAAGAUGGUAUACGAAGAAAAGCACAAGAUCAUAAUGAUUUAAAUAAUAAUCAUGAAGGACAUGAUGGUGAUGAAGAUGAAUUAAUUGAAGAACACGAAGAAGAAGAAGAAGAAGAACAAAUUAUGGUUGAUACACCACAAGUAACAUGUGAUCUUGGUCGUGAUAUUCAUCUUGUUAAAUUACCAAGUUUUAUGAAAGUUGAACCAAAACCAUUUGAUACUCAAUAUUUUAAUGAAGAAAUUCGUGAUGAAGAUGAUGAAGAAAGUAAAGCUCGAAAAAAAUUAGGACUUGAAAAUACAAUUCGUUGGCGUUAUAAUACAAAUGAAAAUGGUGAAACAAUACGUGAAAGUAAUACAAGAUUAGUACGAUGGUCUGAUGGAAGUUUAUCUUUACAUGUUGGUAAAGAAAUUUUUGAUGUAUCAAAAGCAAAUAUUCAAAGUGAUCAUAAUCAUUUAUUUGUUCGUCAUCAAAAAAGUAUGCAAGCUCAAGCUGUUUUUCGUACUAAACUUUCAUUUAGACAACAUUCAAAUGAUUCAUUAGCACAUUUAAAACUUAAAUUUGCAAGUAAAGCAAAUCCAGCACCAAAAGUUCGUGUACUUUCAAAUAUAAAAGCACCUAUUAUAAAUAGUAUUGAUAUGAGAAAGAAAGAAGAACAACGAAUGAAAGCUGAAGAACGUCGACGUAAUCAACAAUUACGACAACGUGAACGAGCUAUACGAGAUCGAAAAAUUUCAGCAAGUUAUCUUGAAGAUCAUGAUGAAGAUGAAGAUGAUAAUGAACAAGAAUCAUUAAAUACAAUUAAAAAAAAUGUUAAAAAAAAGAAAUUACAAGGUGGAUAUCAUGCUGAAGGAACAAGUGAAGAAGAAGAAAAUAUUGAUGAUGAUGAUGAUGAUCCAAGUGAAAAAUUAAAUCGUUCACGAUCAUCAACUUCAACAAAACAUCGAAAAGUUGCUUCUUCAGAUGAAGAUGAAUCAAGUAAUGAACAACAAACAAAAAGAAAACGUGUACAAUCUGUUGGUGAUGAUGAUGAUGAUGAUGAAGAACCACAGUCAGAUUGA